AUGGAGCUCGAGGAGCGCCUGUCGAAAGUCCGCUUGGAGCUGCUCCGAAAUCAGGCCCAGAUGCCUUCCUUGGAGACUCCUUGGAGACACAGGGCGACCACUAUUCCGUCCUUGAAGGCCGAGACGGACUCCUGCCGGCUGCGAGCGCAACAAGCUCAGGAGCUGCUCAUGGAGCUGAAGGCGCUAGACCCAGAUUCAGAGGCGCCGAGGCAGCGUCUCCUGGAGAUGGCCAAGAAGCUGGCAGAUUCCAAGCUGCAGGAGUUGCAACACAAGCGGAGCCUGGAAAUCGUGAAGGAACAGCACCAGCAGCUGGAGAAAGCACGACAGGCGGACGAGAAGGAGAUUCAAAAUCUUCAGCGUGAGGUUGCCAAUGCAGAGUCCAAGCUUGCUGACCAGGAGCAGCAGUGGCGUGCGAAGGUUCUCGAGGCACAGGGUGCCGCCCCAGCGAGUGCUGUCCGCCGCGCAGGGCAGAUCAGCAUCGAAGCUCUGGAGGAGAUCCAAGGCAAAGUUUCCGAAAGGGACGCCAGGAUCGCAGUCCUGGAGUCCGACCUCCAGAAGUCCAUGUCUGACCGCGAGAGCGCCGUGGCCGAGGAGCGCGCCAAGGUUCGGAAGCUCGAGCUGGAGCUGGGCUUGGUGGCUGAGGGCGACAUGGCCAAACUCCGCCAGGCCUUGCGCGCGGAGCACGAUGCAGAGGUUGCGCAGAUCUCACAGGCGGCACAGGAGUCCGUGCAAACACUUCAGCAGCUCCUGGACCAGACAGAGGAACACCUGCAGAGGCAGCAGCAAGACACAGCGCGCUUGCAUCAGAAUCUAUCUGAGCAGCGAGCGAAACAUGCAGAGGAGACUAUGCAGUUGCAGCAAGAGAUCGCCGGACUGCGACAAGAGAUUUUCCAGAUCCGGCAUCAUCAGCAAUCCGAUGUCGGGGCAUCGGCCCGGCUUUCACCUCUGCCGCCGCCCCCGCCGGACGAGAGUGCCCGGCUGGGGGAUUCAAUUGGCUCUGAAGCCUUUGGUGGAAUGGAAGGUUUGGGCAAUCGGCUGGAUGAGCAGAGAGAGCAGGUCGUUUCGCUGCACCACCGGCUUGAGCAACAGCAUGAAGAGUUCCAAAGCCUCCUCGAUCAGCAGCAUCAAGAAGCUCGACGGCGAGAAGAGCAGCUGCGAGGCCGUGAAGAGCGCCUCCACCAGGAAUACCAGGCGCGAGAGCAGCGACUCCUGGACCUCCAAGAGGCACAGCGUCAACAACGGGACCAGGAGUUGCUGCGCAUCAAGGAGGAGCUGGCGUCGCUGCAUUCGGCCAACGGUGCAAAUGCCGAGGCGCAGCAACAGCGGGAGGAGCAGGUGGCCGAGGCACAACGGCAUGCAGACUUGGCACUGCAGCACAACGCCGUUGCGGAGCAGAACCGACUUUCGGCCGAAAACUGGCAGCGCAAAGCCACGGAGCUCGAGGCAGAGCUCCAGAAAGAGCGCCAGAAGCACCAGGAGUCCACCAUGAGGAAACAGCAGGCAUCUCUCCGAAGGCAGCUGGCCAACAAGGAGGACGAUCUCUGGCAUGGCAGAGUUUCAUCAAGUGAACGAGUCACAUGGGGUGCCCUGCAGAGGGAGGUUGAUUGCAGCAUCACCGCAGCAUCGGCAGAUCAAAGUAACGGUUUCCUGCCGCUUGUUCCCUUGCCUUCUGCCUUCUUCGCAGCGGCAGCUAAGCUGAAGGCCGCCGACUGUUAA